AUGUCCCUCCCCGGCGGCAACGGCGAGCCCCCUCCCCCUCCAUCGCCGUUCCCCUCACUCAUCAAGCUCGGCCGCGCGGUCACCGCGAGACACGUCGACCGCCUCCUGACAGUGCUCCUCCGCCGCCGCAGGCACCGCCUCCUCGCCGCGCUCGCCUCCCAGGUGCUUGCCAACGCCAUCGCCCCUACUCUGCGCACGCACCUCCUUGCUGCCUCCGCCCUGCUCGACUCCGCGCGGCCGCGUGACGCCGCACAGCGCCUCGCGCUUGCCUCCCGCACCGCCAGUCGCCGCCUCUGGGAUGCACUGCUCCGCCGGGCCUGCGCCGGGGGCGGCGACCCGUGCCACGCACUGGAGCUACUCUCCGCUGCCAUCGAAGACCACGGCAUGGUGCUGUCGCCUUCCACGUACCGCGAGAUGGUGGUGUUGCUGUGUGCCCACGGGGAUGUGGAUUGCGCGCUUAGGGUGUUCGACUUAAUGACCAGGAGGGGGUGUCAGGUAGAGGAUCGCGUUUGCAGCUCGAUCGUUUCUAGGUUAUCCAGAACUGGGAAGGCCGGAGCAGGGCUGGAUUUCUAUGAGAAGGUGAAGAGUCAGUUCAGUGGAUUUGAUCUGGGCCUUGUGACACUGACAUUAGUUAUCCAUGCUCUUGGGUUGGAGGGGAGAACUGGUGAGAUGGCGGAGCUUAUGCAGGAGAUGGAGUGUAAAGGCAUGAAUGCUGAUGCUGUGUUUUAUGGCAGCAUGGUUCAUGGAUACAUGAGUCGUGGGUUCUUGAUGGAAGGUCUUCGGGAGCAUCGAUCCAUGCUAGAGAAGGGAAUCGAAGCUGAUGUGACUAACUAUACUACUGUUAUUGAUGGACUCUGCAGAGAAGGUAGUGUGGAGAAAGUAAUGGGGUUCUUGGAUGAGAUGGAGCGAGUGGAUGCUAAGCCAAAUUUGAUUACUUAUACAUCACUGGUUGGUGGCUUCUGUAAGAGAGACAGGUUGGAAGAUGCUUUCUCUAUCGUGAGGAUACUGGAACAAACAGGCGUGGUGGUGGACGAGUAUGUGUAUUCGAUUUUGAUUGACAGUUUGUGCAAAAUGGAAGAUUUAGACAGGGCUUUCUCGUUGCUCACGGAGAUGGAGAAUAAGGGAAUAAAGGCUAGCAUCAUAACAUACAACGCGAUAAUAAAUGGUCUGUGUAAAGCUGGUCACACUGAAAAGGCUCUUGAAAUUUCUGAAGGUGUUGCUGCUGAUAAUUUUACAUAUAGCACACUGUUACAUGGUUACAUCAAAAGAGGUGACAUAACCGGUGUUAUGGCAAUAAAGGAUAGGCUUGAAGGUAGUGGUAUUUCUAUGGAUGUUGUCACAUGCAAUGUUCUUAUCAAAGCAUCGUUUAUGAUUAACAAGGUGAAUGAUGCCUGGAGCUUGUUUCAUAAAAUGCCUGAGAUGGGCUUAAGACCUAAUACUAUCACCUACCAUACAAUCAUAGACAAACUGUGUAAAGCUGAGGAAGUUGACAAGGCACUAGAGUUGUUUGAUGAAUACAGGAAAGAUUCAGGAUUCUCCACUGCAGUUGUUCAUGAGUGUCUGACUAAAGCACUGUGUAAUGGAGGAAAAGUUGACAUGGCUGACCAAAUAUUUUAUGAUCUUGUUCAGAAAAAAAUAAGGCCCAAUUUCUUUAACUGCAGGAAGUUGAUUCAUGCACACUUCAAAGGACACGGUGAACAUGGUGUGCUGGAUUUCAUUUGUAAGGUUGGUGAAUUAAAUAUUGACUUAUUUUCAUCUGUUUGUAAUUAUGCUUAUGCUUUCUUAAGCAACAAAAAUUGUUGGCAAGCAGCAAUGGAUGCUUACAAGUUACUCAGAAUACAAGCCAUUGCUGUGACUAGAUCCGUUGCGUUAGCACGGGCAUUAUACUAG